AUGGAGGAACCAAGGAAGCUCGUCAGAAGAUCGAUUUACAGUUUCCUUCAGAAUUAUCAGUACUUCACCUCAAUUGUAGCUGUUCUGGCAUUUCCAUAUGCCAUCUCUGUUCUUCUUUCACAAGCUCUUCUUCUUUCUUCUUCUUCUCUUCUUCCAUUUACUUUUGAUCACUUGAGGACUCUAUUUGGUGCGGCUGGAUUCCCCACUUCUUCAAAAUUCUUCUCCAUUCUCAUUCAAAAGCUCUCUCAAACCAUCGUUUCCUCCAUCUAUUCUCUGCCCUUUUCUCUCACUUUCCUUUUGAUCUCAAAAGCCUGUGUAAUUCAAGCUCUCAAUCAGCAGAAACCCAAUUCGGUGCCUUCAUUUUCAUCCAUUAUACCCCUUUUUAAUCCCCUCCUUCUGACCCAUGUCUGCAAUGUAUGCGUUUACGUCUCUGCAAACGCUACCGUGUUUUGUAUGCUAUUUUUCGCCUUCAAUUGCCUCGAGGGAUUUGGGUAUUUUUCUCCCAAUUGCCUCCUGUUGGUGUCAGUUUUUGGGGCUUUUCUGUAUUCAGUAGCAAUUGCCAAAGCCAUCACAAUAUGCAAUUUGGCAUGGGUUUUGUCCGGCAUGGAGAGGAAUGGGGGAUUCAUGGCGAUUCUUAAGGCUUGUGUUUUGAUUCAGGGGAGAAGCGCCACGGCGCUAUUGGUGGCGCUGCCUUUCAAUCUGGGAAUGGCGGCCACUGAAGCUCUAUUCCAGUACAGAAUAGUACGAGAUUAUCAUUCCAGGGGGAGAUUGGGGCCUUCCAUGGUGCUGGAAGGAAUGUUUGUUGCCUAUUUGUACUCGGUUUUUGUUGUCCUGGACGCCAUUGUUAACACCAUGUUCUUCAAAAGUUGCAGAGUGGGUUCUCUGAUGGGUCUGGAAAUCAAGAGCUCUUUUUGCCUUUGGAUGGGUGUUGCUGAGAAGGACAAUGAAGGUCGCCCGCAUUUGAAGGGUUUUGAAGAACUUCCAUGA